AUGCUCGAUACCCCAAUGAGACAAGUGACCAACCUGACUCAAGCAGUCCAAGAAUUGCAAACACAAGCAAGGACACCUAUGUCUGCUGUAGCUGCCAAUCUAAUGCCCCUUCCAGAAGAUAUGGCUAUGGCACCUGAACAACGGAUCACCAUGCCAGAAAAUUUUCCAGGUGAUCGCUUGAAGUACCGGUCCUUUAUUAUGUCCUGUGAGUUGAUGCUCGAUCUACAACCAUGCACGUACCACUCUGAUUCCAUCAAAGUAUGUACCUUGAUAUCCCUCCUUUCUGGCCCCUCACACGAAUGGGCGCAUGAAUUGCUACGGGAUAAUGAUCCUGUUGUACAACACUGGGACUCCUUUGUGACACUUAUGUCCUCCAUGUAUGAUGAUCCCAACAGGCGGGAUACAUCUCAGACAGCCAUCAGAGCCUUGCGACAAGGACGCAGACCAGUAGAGGAAUAUAUCGCAGAUUUCAAACGCUAUUCCAAAGAUACCAGGUAA